UUUUGUAGGACUGUUUUGAACGGCCAAUAUGUAGUUCUCCAGAUGCUUGGUUUGAUGUGGUGACGCGUGUGACCAAUGAUAACAACAAGAUACAAAAGCGGACGAAAAAUGUGUCAAGGUGCCUCAACUUGGGAUCAUAUAAUUAUCUUGGUUUUGCUGCAUUUGAUGAAUAUUGUUCUCCUCGGACAAUUGAGUGUUUGAAAAUAUUUUCCGCAAGCACUUGUAGUACCCGGGUUGAUGGAGGAACCACAACAAUACAUACUGAAUUAGAAGAGCAUGUGGCUAAAUUUGUUGGAAAACCAGCUGCUAUCGUUUUUGGCAUGGGUUACGUAACAAACUCAGCUGUGCUUCCUGUCUUGAUAGGACAGGGAGGUUUGAUUAUUAGUGAUUCUCUAAAUCACAACUCUAUUGUCAAUGGAGCUAGGGGAUCUGGAGCCACUAUUCGUGUUUUUCAACAUAAUAAACCAUCGCAUUUGGAGAGAGUUUUACGAGAGAAUAUUGCUGAGGGCCAGCCCCAAAAUCAUAGACGGUGGACUAAGAUAAUUGUUGUGGUGGAAGGCAUAUAUAGCAUGGAAGGGGAGCUUUGCAAACUUUCAGAGAUUGUUGCCAUAUGCAAGAAGUACAAGGCAUAUGUUUAUGUGGACGAGGCUCACAGCAUUGGAGCAGUUGGUAAAACAGGAAAAGGGGUAUGUGAGCUCUUGGGAAUUGAUACUGCAAAUGUGGAUAUUAUGAUGGGAACUUUCACAAAGUCAUUUGGAUCCUGUGGGGGUUAUAUUGCAGGAUCCAAGGAACUAAUUGAAUAUUUGAAGUACACUUGUCCAGCGCAUGUAUAUGCAAUAUCCAUAUCACCUCCAGCUGCUCAACAAAUCAUUUCUGCUAUUAAGGUUUUGCUUGGUGAAGAUGGUUCAAAAAGAGGAGCUCAAAAAAUAGCACACCUACGUGAAAAUAGCAACUUCUUCCGGUCUGAACUGCAGAAGAUGGGGUUUGAUGUUUUGGGAGACUAUGAUUCACCUGUGAUGCCCAUAAUGCUCUAUAAUAUUGCAAAAUUACCGGCUUUUUCACGAGAGUGUCUGAAACAGAAUGUAGCCGUUGUGGUAGUUGCUUUUCCAGCCACCCCUUUACUUUUGGCCAGAGCACGCAUAUGUAUUUCUGCUGCCCACUCAAAGGAAGAUCUCAUCAAAGCAUUGAAGGUUAUCAGCAAAAUUGGUGAUUUAUUGGGUAUAAAAUACUUGUCUACUACCCCAAUGGAUAUAAAUAGACUAGGUGAUUCUUCUCAUCUGUCCUAA